AGAGGCGCCCAGGCAGCACGUUUGGACUCACAAAUACGGUUUUGGUUGUAUAUCAGAUGAAUAUCUGAGUCCCUGCAGCGACAAUGUCUCAGGUUCAGUGUCUGAGAGAGUUUAUCAUCAAGCGACUAACUGCUGCUGCUGGAGAAAUAUUCACAGAGUUUGAAAAAACCAUCGUUCAGUACGAAGAAGAGAUCGACCGUCAGAGAAGACUGUUGGAAAUCACCUGGAAACCUCAGAUCAAACUACACAUUACAGACCUCCCACAAUAUGACUGUAAGGAGGAGGACGUUUUCUCUGAGCAGCAGCUCUGUGCCCAGGAGAGGAGCGCCAGUCUGGACCAGGAGAGGAGCGCCAGUCUGGACCAGGAGAGGAGCUCCAGUCUGGACCAGGAGACGAGCUCCAGUCUGGACCAGGAGACGAGCACCAGUCUGGACCAGGAGACGAGCACCAGUCUGGACCAGGAGACGAGCUCCAGGUUAGACCAGGAGGAACCAGAGCCUCCACAGGUUAAAGAGGAACAGGAGGAACUCUGCAGCAGUCAGGAGGGAGAGCAGCUGGUUCUGAAGCAGGAGACUGAUACCUUCAUGUUGACUCCCACUUACCAGGAAAGUGACUUCAGUGAAGCAGAACCAAACGCUGAGCAGCUUUACUCUCAGAACUCUCCUUUAAGUGAACAAAGCAAGAACCUGGACUCUGGAUCAACUACAGACGUAGAGAUGAAUUCAAACAUGAGACGUCACAGGACCAGUAAACUUAUAAAUUGCUCUCCUGAGUCACAAAGUCAGUUUAACGCUCAGUCUGGUAAAAAGUGUCUGAAGUGUAAUGUUUGUGGAAAAGUGUGUAAAAGUAAACAUGAUUUGCUGCGUCAUUACAGAGUCCACACAGGUGAGAGACCAUAUUCCUGUAAAGCAUGCGGGAAAAGUUUUAGUCUUAAUAACACUUUGCUGGGUCACAUGAGGACUCACACAGGUGAGAGGCCUUUUUCCUGCAGAACCUGUGGGAAGAGUUUUGCUCGUCGCAACACUUUGCUGGUCCACAUGAGAAUCCACACUGGAGAGAGGCCGUACUCCUGUGGAGUAUGUGGAAAAGGUUUCUCUCACAAAUGUUCCUUUAAGAACCACAUGAGCAUACACACAGGAGGGAAGGAGUAUUCUUGAGAAACGUGUGUAGAAAUAUUUAAAUACGUACUUAACGUACUUUGACCAUGUACACAUGGAAAGCCUUUUUCAUGCAGAACUUGUGGGAAGGAUGUAAAAUUCUAUAGAGGGAAUGCGCAUGAUGUCACAGAUGCGACUUCUCAGCAGGUUAUGCCCACUGAGUGGCAGAAAGACUGAGUGGCAGAAAGACUGAGUGGCAGCGUAAACUUUCAGUUUGAGCAACUGGAAAACAUCUUAAAUGGGAAAGAGCUGUUGUGGGAUUAACGGUACUCAUAGAUUUAGCAAGAAAUCGUUUUACAGACUGCCGAAAAAUAAGCUUAAAGGGGACCUAUUAUGAAAAACACGUUUUUUCUUGUUUUAACAUAUAUAAAGUGGUCUCCCCUCACCCUGCCAACACAGAAUAGAUGAUACCCCAUGAAAAUCUG